AUGAAACGGAGUUUCUCUUUAUAUGAACGACAUGAGCAACAGCCCGGAGGAGGAGGUAGUUGUGGCAAUUGUAAGGAAUGCAUAGAGAGAGAACAAGAAAGAGAAAGAAUGAGGUACCAAAAUAAUUACGGUUACAUAUUGGAAAGUGGAAACGGUGAAGCGAUACAAACUUCUUCCGUGAAAGGAAAAGGACGAUUGGAAUUUGGUAAUAAUGAGAUUAAAAACCAGACAAGUAACAAUAAUCCUACAUCAAUGACGACGAAUUCUAUUCUCAGUAACUAUAACUACAACCCUCACCAUAAUUUCUCAACACCUUAUACAUCCAUGUACACGCCUUCUUCGACUACGUCUGCCAAUUUAUUAUAUACAAACACGAAUCUAAAAAGAAAUCCGUCGCCUCAAUACAAUAAAGAUAAUAUGAUGCUAAUAUCGGAUAUCUCUGAAGAAAGGAAGUUUCCGUUUGAAUCAAUGUCAACAUCAUCACCAACAUCAAUUUCCCCGCACACACAUUCUAAUAAUAUGGACAUUUUGUCGGCGACGAAUAUGAUGAAAGAGGAGAAUGAUAACGGUGGAUGGGAAGAUGAUUGUGACGAAGAUGAUGUUGAUCCGUGGGAGUUGGAAUGA